UUUUGUUUGUUUAACACCACGUUUAACGCAUGUUCAAGAAAAUUUUUAGGUUUUUGAUGUGGGAUCAAGAUGUGUUACAUGGUUAACAACCGUUAUAACGUAAAAAAUUAUUGCCAAUUCAGCGGUUGCUACAGUUAAAGUUCGUGACGCACAAAUCAUGGGCGAAUGGACGAUCAAUUUUUAAUCUGUCUUACUGCUGCGCCAUCACUUAAUAUCACGGCAGCACUACACCACUGCAGUGUCCACGACAGAUAUACUUGCAAAUCCCAAACAGUGACACACGGCGUACACGUUGAAUCGUCGACCGUGUUUUACUCCUGGCAACUAAUUUUCCUGCAUAAUUGACAGAUCUUGAGGCUCAAGUUCACACGGAUUCGUACUAGUAUUGCAGCAUAUGUGGGCACAUCAGUUUUCCAGGCAAACACUGCCGCAGUGAUAGAGUGAGAUUAAUCAUCGCGAGUGUGGCCCAUAGCGAGGGGUGGAGUAGUAGCAGUACACACUCAUUAAACAAUACAGCUGCAGUCAACACUUGAGUCUCAUUGACGGUUUAUCGAAUUUUCUCGUAAUGUGAAUACUUUUCUACAGUACUGAGCAAUCCAAGUGCAGCAAAAAUGAAGCCUAGAUUUGCACUCACUCUUGGACAGAUAGUCUUUUUCCUUUUACAUUUCUCUUCAGCAAGAAUUCACAAAUUUGACAUAAGGAAUGACUACAGACGCAUUAUAUCGCUCAGUACCUUUGGAUUCUACAAAGAUGGCAUUCUAGAUGUCAAUUUGAUCAAUUUUAAAGCUGCACCAUUCGAUGAAAAUGCUGUGUUUGGAUUCAGCCUGGAACGAAAACACAGUAGCGAUGCUAUGAAUCCUUAUAUGGACAGUCAUGAUAGGUGCCUUCUUCAAGGUGCACCCAAUACCAAAUCUGAUUAUGAGCAAAAAGAUGAAACUGCUGUCAUAUACUUCACGUUUGAUUUGAAACAUUUAAAAUUAAAAGUGAAUUGCAGUAGUAAUGUACAUUCAGUGCAUAUUUAUCAAAACUCAACUGCUAUACGAAUUGAGAGAAAUAAAAGAACUCUGCCAGGAAGAUUGAGUGAUACAGCAUUGUUUCCUCGCAGAAAGAGAGAUUCGUUUCCUCAUGAUAUUGAAAAGUCUGACAAUAUAAAUAUGGGAGCUUCUUUUCAAGAACCUAGUGCAUGUUUGCAAAAAUUGCCAAUGUUUGUUAAAGAAGUCAAUAGUGAAAAAUACUACAACACCAGCUUUGCCAUGUAUGUUGCCAAUGAAAAAGAAGAAGGACUGUACAAUUUAUACUUUCAUAGUUGUCCUAAUUACAAGCAACGUGUUUCGGUAGACUUCUCGAUGGAAAUAAGAGAAAUUAACAAUGACAAUUUUCUGAGUGCUGGUGAAAUGCCUCUGCCAGAACUUUACUUCAUGAUGGCGCUUCUAUUCUUUUUGUCGGGAUGUUUUUGGGUCUUUAUUCUUAAAAAUAGCAAGCACUCAGUUUUUAAAAUUCAUUACCUUAUGGCGGUUCUCGUUUUUCUCAAAUCGCUCUCUUUACUGUUUCAUGGAAUCAAUUUCCAUUUCAUUCAAACAAAAGGCGAACACGUUGCUGCCUGGGCUAUUCUUUACUAUAUCACUCAUUUAUUGAAAGGAGCCGUUUUAUUUAUUACAAUAGUUCUUGUGGGCACUGGUUGGACUUUUAUCAAACACAUUCUAGCAGACAAGGAUAAAAAGCUGUUUAUGAUUGUCAUUCCACUUCAGGUAUUAGCAAAUGUUGCAGAAAUUAUAAUCGAGGAAAGCGAGGAAGGUGAUGUUGAGCAUAAGAGAUGGCGCGAUGUUUUUAUUUUGGUUGAUUUGGUUUGUUGCGGUGCAAUAAUGUUCCCUGUUGUUUGGAGUAUAAGACAUUUACAGGAAGCAGCGCAUAUGGAUGGCAAAGCUGCUGCUAAUUUGCGUAAACUAAAGCUCUUCAGACAUUUUUAUAUCAUGAUAGUUUGCUACAUUUACUUCACUAGAGUGAUAGUUUACUUAUUGAAGAUAACUGUACCAUUCCAAUAUGAGUGGUUGGACGAGAUGUUUAGAGAAAUGGCUACUUACGUAUUUUUCGUACUAACUGGUUACAAGUUUCGACCAGCAUCAGCAAAUCCGUACUUCACACUUUCUGCUGAGGAACUAGCUGAAGCGGGAGAUGACGAUGAAACAGAUGUUGUUUUAUUUUCUAGCGUAUCGGGAAGCAGCGGCAUAACUGAGGGUCUUAGCAAAGUCAGCAAAGUAGUAAAAGUCAACAGGCCAAUAACGUCAGAAGUGCCAUCUACUCAAGAGGAAAGGGAUAAUCUAAUAAGUAAAAGGGAAUCCUCGCACGAAUACGACUGAACGUAUAUUUUUUCUAUUCAUAAGAAUGUGUGUGACCAUUUUUUGAUAAAUAUGUUUAAUGAAACCUUGCGCAGAAAAAUUAUUCUGUCAGUUUCGCCAAUGUUUGAUACACGAGCGGUAAGCUUAACUCGAGGGAACAAAUCUGUUAUGAUAACGCUUUUCGAAGCGUUUUCAGUAUAUUUAUGUAUUGUGUUCUAUAAAAUUAUUAACACUCGGAGUGACUUUUUGGAGCUGUGUACUAACUCGAGUUAUACGAGUCUUUUUGUGCUCUCGUACAAUACUGAGAACAAGAAUUUUACUCCUUAUAAAGAUAAAAUGCGGCAUUUUCAGACUGAUAGUGCGACUUUUUCUGUAGACAAGUGUAAAGUUAGAAUCUCCUUUAAACACUCCUUGAAAGCAAUGUUACAUUCGGUUUCUAUUGUUUUAAGGGAAACGUAUCUGUUGAACGACAGUUUCCGUAGAAAGCAGUAAACGAGUAACGCAUAAGCAGAUAGUUAAUAUAAGACUAGUUUGACAUUAUGUUGCGCUUCUCAUUCCAAACGGUUUAUGUCUACCUAAAAAUGAAAAAUAACGAUAAGACUUUGAAAACGUGUUUGCUACUUUCACAUCAGAUCGAAACUCAGAUAAAAAGAUAUUUUACCUAUUAUAAUAGCUAACAUUCCAAGUAUCGGUAUCCGAUCUAUUUGCAGUAAUUGGAAAUAACGCAAAUCUUUGUAGCAGAACAUCUGCUGAUUUUGUGAUAAAACUCGCACGUCUCAGUUUACAGAUUACAAUGCUACGCUGUGAAAAACGAUUUUUUAUUUUCUUCGCAAUUACAAACAAAAGGGGUCUUUCUUACGCCAGGAUAUUUCGAUGCGAUAGCAAGCUGCAUUUCUAUAUCACUCAAACGAUAGCGUACAUGUAGGAACUUAGUCGUUUAUAUUUUUCUUGAAUUUUCCAAUUUUUAUAGAUUAAUUGUAUAUACUUGAUAUUGCUAUAGCGUUGUAAUGAUUACUUAAAAGAAUCGCUUGCGUGUAUAACGUUGUGGAUAUUGGUUUGUAUGCGUUUUUCAAAAAUUGGCGAAGUGAUCUAAAAGUUGUGUAUCAUAAUAUGUAUAGAGAAAGAGAGAGGGAGAGAAAGAGCAAAAAUCGAGCGUACAAGUGUAAUAAUUUGAAUUUGAACGGAUGAGUCGUAAAAAAAUAAAAGGCAAUGGAAUUGUGA